GAUAGUGGAAACAUCAAUCAAACUACAAGAAACUUCAUGAUCUUGUUUUUGCACCCUUUAUAUAACCAUAGAAAUUCCAAAUUAUUUCUCAUAUGAUCAAUACAAAUACAACUUCUUGGUACCCUAAUACACACAACACUUAACACUUAAACCAUGUCAUUCAUUUCACAACUUCUAGGUAAUGAAACCUAUGAUCCUUUCUUAUCUAUGGUAAAAAAAUGUCCUGUCCUAAGCACCCCAACAGAUUGGAAAGAAACCAAAGAUGCACAUGUUUUUAUAUCUGACCUUCCAGGAUUAAAGAAAGAAGAUGUAAAUGUAGAAAUUGAUGAAGGAAAAGUGCUUCAAAUUAGUGGUGAAAGGACUCAUAAUGUGGAUGAGAAUGAUGAGAAAGAUAACAAGUGGCAUCAUGUUGAACGUUGUCGUGGCAAAUUUCAAAGAAGGUUUAGGCUUCCUCAAAAUGCUAAGGUUGAUCAAGUUAAGGCUAAUAUGGAAAAUGGUGUGUUAAUUGUCACUAUCCCUAAGGAGGAUGUGAAGAAAAGUGAAACUAAGGUGAUUCAAAUUGAGGGAAAUUGAAAAAUUUGUGAGUUGUUUUUUUAAUGUUGAAAUUGAAAAUAAUAAAGAGUUUGUGAUUGAGUAAGGGUGAGGAAAUAAAAGAGUCUUUUUCUACAUAAAUAUAAGGGUCUUUGUGCUUUUGUCAAUUGGUGUGUGUACUUUUAAUUUGGUGAUAUAUUGCUUAU